AUGCCGUUCAAGCGCAAGUCUGAACGCGCCGUGAGCGCAGAUGAGUCUAUCGCAACACCUUCCAAGCGAGUUCGAAACACUGUAGAUGCAACCCCAGCUUCUGCGACACCGGAUCCAGUGGUUGAUACUACACCUCAGACAGAAAAGAGAGGUCGUGGACGUCCGCGCAAAUAUCCCGAGAGCUCGACUCCGAAGCCUGAUCCUGAUGCUCCUAAGCGUGGCCGUGGUCGCCCACGGAAGAUUGUUUCCGAACUAGAACCUCAGGUUGUAGCUACAGCAGGCCCAAAGAGAGGCCGUGGACGUCCCCGCAAGGACUCAGGCGAUGCGACACCCGUUACACCAAAGAUCAAGAAGAAGGAUGGCCGUGGAAGACCCCGCAAGAACCCAGACGAUGCGACGCCCGUCACACCGAAGAUCAAGAAGAAGGAUGGCCGUGGAAGACCCCGCAAGAUCCCUAUCCCAAAUGGAGAAACCGAAACCACUGAGCCGAAGGUCAAGCCUGCAGUCGACGUCAUCCCUGAAACUGGCCGCUCUUUCUGGUUGAUGAAGGCCGAGCCUGAAUCUCGCAUGGAGAAGGGCAAGGAUGUGAAAUUCUCUAUUGAAGACCUGGCUGCUGCAGAUGCACCCGAGCCUUGGGAUGGUGUGCGCAACCACGUGGCCAAAAAUCUCAUGCGUGAUAUGAAGAAGGGAGACUAUGCAUUCUUCUACCACUCAAACUGCAAAGUGCCUGGGGUUGUCGGAGUGAUGGAGAUUGUCCAGGAGCAUUCCACAGAUGAGUCCGCUUUCGAUCCCGCGCACCCGUACUACGACCCGAAGUCCACCCGAGAUAACCCAAAGUGGGUUGUCGUUCAUGUUCAAUAUCGCCGCAGACUUGAGAAGCAAGUCACACUCCAGGAUCUGAAGUCUCAUGGGCAGGCUGGAAAGCCGCUCGAGAACCUUCAAAUGAUUAAGCAAUCCCGCCUUAGCGUGUCUUCUGUGACUCCGGCACAAUGGAAGUACAUACUGGAGCUGGCAGGCGAAGAGCCACAAGAGGAGUUUACCAAGAAGGAGCCCAGUGCUGAGGAGGAAUAG